AUGUGUGCUAGAGACAGAGGUUCAGCAUAUCCUAGCGCAAUGUCAGAGUUCCCUUAUGGUGGACACUUUCAAGGGCAGAAGACCACGACUAAGCAUGUCACCCUAUGCAUUAGUAUUUGGGAAGGCAUGCACCUCCUGUUAGAACUCGAGCACAAAGCUUUAUGGGUCCUGAAGAAGUUAAACUUAGACCUGACAAGAGCUAGAGAUGCCAGAAAGCUUCAACUGAAUGAGCUAAUUGAAUGGCUCUUGACCGCAUACGAAAAUGCCAAACUAUACAAGGAGCGAAGCAAACAAUGGCAUGAUAGCAAGAUCAGUAAGAAAGAUCUCACUAUUGGUCAAUGGGUGUUGCUUUUAAACUUUCAUUUUCAUCUAUUCCCAAGUAAGCUAAAAUCAAGAUGGUCUAGUCCAUUCAUAGUACGCGAAGUUUUCCCCCAAGAAUUUGUCGAGUUGAUAAACAAGGAUGGCAGUAAUGUGUUCAAGGUCAAUGGACAGCGUGUGAUGCCUUAA